UUCCGUUGCUGGUUGAUGACGAUUUCUGCUGGAACAUAUUUGCAUAAGAGUGAAACAGCUGAUAACCACUGCCUCUGUUCAGAAGCACCACUAAGUAAAUUCUAUAAAGUCAGUGUCAUCUUUACUUCCUGGUGUGUGAUACGAGUACUGUACAGAACAAAUCAACUUAUCAGCACUGAAAGAGGAAAAGUUGCCAUGGCUUCCGGUAAAGGCUCCUGGGUGUCUGAAACUGAAAGUGGACCUACCACUAAGCUGGUUCAGAAAACUAAAGAGUCACCUUUGAUUCCUGCAGGUAUGGCUGGGUUUGCAGCUGUUGUGGCUUACGGACUGUAUAAGCUGAGGACUAGAGGAGAUACCAAGAUGUCAGUUCAUCUGAUUCACACCCGUGUUGCUGCACAAGCCUGUGUUGUGGGAGCAAUGACUUUGGGUGUUACGUAUGCUAUGUACAAGGAAUACUGGGCGAAGCCAGAUUCUGAUGUCAAUCACAAAUGAAGCUACAACAGGAAGUCAUCCAAGUCUGUCCUCACAUUGGGGAGAACAGCCAGGGUCCUUAUGAGUAAUUUAAGAGCCUGUGUGGUCUCCAUUUACCCAUGGAAUUUUGACACAAAUGACUCUUAGAAGAAAAUGUAAAUAGUUUACUAAGUUAUAUUGGAUGAAAUAAAGCCUUAUAUUAACUAGUGA